UCUCUAGACAUAAAACAUCGACCAACGCUGAUAUAAACCAAUAGAAAGUGGAUGGUAGCCGUUUGUCGUUAUACAAAGAUGCAACAGCUAUGCAGGUCUUAAUUACACAGUUGAUGAGGCGGUUUCUCUCAAUCGCACACUGAGUGAAGCACCGCAGACGCAACUCGUCGAAAACGCUAACCCAAGAAUCGGCAUCAACAAAAACAAGCAGACAAAAGAAAAAUCAGCAGCCGAAUAGACAAAUAUCAAAGAUUGGCGAAACACGACUGCAGCCCAGACGCAAAGAUCUUUGAUCAGCAACUAGCCUGAAACAUUCCAAGUAGCCUCAUUGCAAAGAGUUGUUUGAAGCUAUUUCAGAAGUGAACGCUUUGGUGGAUCCUUGGUGAGCAGAAAAAGAAAAUCUUAAGAGAGAAGCGAGCCUAAGACGGUAGCUGCAGUCGGUGAAAAUGCAUACUCGUAUUUGCAUUCUUUGGUUAUUCCUGGUUUUAUUCUUAAUCUUCGGUACCGAGAGCAAAGAUGAUGAUGAGCUGAGGCUUCUGGACGACCUGUUUGUGAAAAGAAAAUACAACAAACAAGUAAGGCCAGUUGAUAAUAAAGACAAACCGCUCAAGAUACAGUUUGGAAUUGCGUACGUUCAACUGGUUGGAAUCGAUGACAAAGAGCAAAUGAUGGUCAGUAACAUAUGGGUUAGACAGAAAUGGAAUAAUACACAUUUGAAGUGGGAUCCGAAGAAAUAUGGCGGAAUUAAAUCGAUAAAUGUAGACCCGAUCAAUGUGUGGCUGCCAGACAUUGUUUUGUACAACAAUGCAAAGAAAGGACAUGACUCUCUAACGAUGUAUAAGUUCAAAACAAAGGUCAUUUUAUCAAGCAACGGCGAAAACAAAUGGUAUGCUCCAACAAUAAUCCGCAGCGGUUGCAGCAUCGAUAUAACAUACUUCCCUUUCGACCAUCAGCAAUGCAAGCUACAGUUUGGUAGUUGGACAUACACAGGGGAACAAGUGGAUAUUGAAAGUAUGGAUUCAAAAGUUGAUUUGAACAAGUAUUUGAAUAGCUCGCAGUUCAAGUUAAUAUCAGCAACAGCAACCAGAUACUUCACAAAAUAUGGAUGCUGCCUGACGUAUCCCUACAUCGAUUUCGUUCUGCACUUCAAAAGGCAGCCUGGCUUCUUCUUAUUCAACGUCAUUAUCCCAUCCCUUGUGAUCACGUGUUUCGCUAUAUUAACUUUCUCGUCACCUCACCUUACAGGUGAAAGAGUUGGCCUAGCAAUCGAAUCUUUUCUUUCCUUAUCAUUCCUCUGCCUCAUGGUCGCUGGUAGCAUACCAAUAAAUUCAGACGUGACGCCUCUGAUAACCAAAUUCCUAUUGAUGUGCAUGGCAAUGAUCUCCAUGGCAGUGUUAUUUAACCUGGUCUCUAUGAAUCUACUACAGUCGCAAGCCAUCCCUCCAUUGGUUCGAUUCAUAUUCUUCCACGUCCUUGGACCAAUCGUUGGCGUUUGUGAGGGACGUAAUAAAGGCCUGCAAAAAAGGAGAAAAUCGAUUUUGAUCAAAGAACAAGGUGCAAGGGUUCUUAGUUACUUGGAUCGCACCACAGCCGCCGAGUUAGGGAAUGAUACAAUGAGUGCUGCAAGCUUGUUACAAUCGGCCCAUCAAACGCCAAGCAAACAGCCAAGCAUGCCCUAUAAACGGUUUCAGAAGAAGAACAAGCCGACUACGCCUACGAACAAUGCAAUGGAUGUUAUCAUGUCCAACGUUGAUGAGCUCGUAAAAAGAUCUCACAUCGAAGCCAUCACUCUAGCAAACAAGGACUUUUGGAGAUGUGUUGCCCAGACCCUUGAUCGCAUAUUUCUCAUCUCGUUCUUUCUGAGCUUUAUCUUCGUGUCAGCUGUAAUGCUUCUUAAGGGGUUUGGGCAUCAUAUAAAAUAAGCAUGAGGCGACCAGACCGAAAGUGAAUUUGUAAGUGGACAAAUGAAAGAGUCUAAAGAUUGAAACUUGAAACGAAAUUCAUUUUCAGGUCUGAUUUGUUUAUAUGACACUAAAUGUGACCCUUGAAGAGUCAUGUGAAAUUUUGUGCAAACUAAUAUUUGCAUGUUGUAGAAUUUAACCUAGAUAAACGUGAAACGUUUCAAGUUAGUAUGAUAUUUAAAAACUGUGAACAAAAUAUUGAAUGGAAAUAUAUCCUAAAAGAAACAGUUCUUAUCUAAAUUUACCGCCUUAGAAAUCCUUGUAGAUAUUACUGGAAUACGUGUAAUCAUGAAAAACCUGAUAGAAAAAAAACGAAAAUAUUUUCGGGAAACAGUAAAUCGAAUCUCGAAAACAUUUGAACAUAAAGCUUGUUAAUGAUUGCGUCUCCUUGCCGAUAUCUGAUAUAGCAAAUCUCCCUAGCAACACAGAACCUGUGUCAUUCUCUCUUGAGAGGCCUUAUUUGCCAAACCCCUUUGUCCUUGUCCACGCUUAAAGGUUAUCACAUUUCUUGCGAAAAAUUGAUGAAAAAUCGCAUCUUAAAGUUUAAAAGAUUAAGAUACCAGGAACCGUGCUGAAUUCUUCUCAACCCAAGCCCCUCCCCCUUCCUCCUGCAAAUUUUGAUUGCGUAAGUCAAAUUUAACCGCAAACAAACAUUUUGUGCGGGACAGUCUGCGAGUUUGUGGGGUUUUGUCUGCCAUUGUCAAAGCGGUUUGUCUGAUAAAAUGGCAGGCGGUGAAGUCUUGAUGCCUGCAGCAAUGCCUGAAUCAUUCUUAAACCAUCGAUUUCAGCAAUGUUCGCUGUUCGUGCCUCUACCGGCAGAUUUUCUGUGUUGUUCGUUCGGCUAAACUGCCCGUAAAGGUGUUCCCUUUUUGUGUUCCCGUUGCAAUACAAACGGCUUCUUAUUUUGUCAAGGAAAUUAUGUUGAAUAUCGA